AUGAAGCCUGUGCCUCCGAAUACGGACACGGUGAAUUUUUAUCUUCCCCACCACGCGGUUUUCAAGCCCGAAAGUACUACCACAAAGGUCCGUGUGGUAUUCAACGCAUCCAGUCCCUCGUCAAAUGGGAACAGCCUGAAUGACAUCCUGCAUCCAGGGCCAGUACUUCAGUCCGAUCUCACCCUCCAGAUCCUAAAGUGGCGAACAUUCCAAUUUGUCUUUAAUGCCAAUAUCACCAAGAUGUAUAGGCAGAUUCCCCUAAACCCUGCACACACCGCUUUGCAGAGAAUUCUCUUUCGAGAUGAUCGUGGGGACAUCAGGGACUAUGAGCUUCAGACUGUCACGUUUGGAGUUAAUUGUGCCCCGUUUCUAGCUUUACGAACGUUGCGGCAGCUGUCCGAGGAUGUCCACGCCCUAUAUCCACGGGCGUCUCGAAUAAUUUCAGAUUAUAUGUAUGUGGACGAUGUGCUUGCAGGAGCCCACACGAAGGUCGAGGCUACUUUAGCCAUUCAAGAGUUGAGGACAGCUCUGAGCUCCGCAGGAUUUCCUCUCCGCAAGUGGACAGCAAAUGAGCGAACUCUCCUAAAGGCACUUCCUUCAGACCACCUGCUCUCAGGUGACUUCCUCGACAUCGAAGAGGUGAGCACCACGAAAACGUUGGGAAUACGGUGGAACGCCAAGGCGGAUGAGUUCUAUUUUGUCCCGACUGAGCUCGUUGUCAAUGCGAAUUAUUCCAAGCGCAACGUCCUAUCGCAAAUCGCAAAACUGUUCGAUCCCGCAGGAUGGUUGUCCCCAUUUGUAGUCCAGGCCAAGAUCCUAAUGCAGGAUAUAUGGUUAGCCGGCAUUGGAUGGGACGAGUUUCUCCCUGUAGAGCUACGGCAACGCUGGCAUGAUUUCCUUCGCAGCCAUAGUUCCCUCCACAAGGUUCGCGUCCCGCGUUGGGUACAAUUCCGACCGGGAGCACAAGUUCAGAUCCACGGCUUCUGUGAUGCAUCUCAGAAGGCCUAUGGGGCAGCGAUUUAUGUUCGCAUCCAAUACGACGGAGGCAUUUCGUCGAGUUUGCUCACGUCAAAGACUAAAGUCGCCCCUGUCAAAACCGUUUCACUCCCGCGCUUAGAAUUGUGUGGUGCAGUUCUUCUUGCUGACCUGUGGGCUGCAAUUCUUCCUCACAUCCCGUUUGGUCGAAUAGAGACGUUUUUCUGGACUGAUUCCACCAUUGUGUUGGCAUGGUUGAACAAGCCACCAUGUCAAUGGACCACCUUCGUAGCGAAUCGAGUGACUAAGAUUGCUCUAAAUACAGAUGCCAGUCAAUGGUCACAUGUGCGUUCCGAGCACAAUCCAGCAGAUCUAGCCAGUCGUGGUGUCACGGCUGAAGAGCUGGCAAGUAGUGACCUCUGGUGGCAUGGUCCGUCGUGGCUGAUUCAGCCGCAAGUCGCCUGGCCCACGUCGCACGAAGAGGUAUCGGACCCUGAACUCGAAAGACGAUCCGUCCGGUGCCAUUUAGCGUGUCCAGCAUGGGAUCUCCUAGAGCGUUUUUCAAACUUCAAUCGCAUGCUGCGAGUCAUGGCUUUUGUGCAGCGGUUCAUCAACCGCUGCAGAUGCAUUCCUACGACUUCUUCUACAGACUUAAGCAGUAAAGAACUCGCCCAUAUACAACUCAUGCUUAUUAGGCAAACUCAACGGGCCGACUAUCCAGAGGAAUACAACAUCCUGCAAUCCAAAGGACAGCUUCCCUCGUCUAGUUGUAUCCUCAACCUUAAUCCGUUCCUGGAUGCUGACGGCAUCAUGAGGUCAUGCGGUCGUUUGACUGCAUCUGACUCGUUAUCCUACGACGAACGUCAUCCUAUCCUUUUGGCGUACCAUUCCAAACUAGCAGAGCUUCUGGUCACAUUUACUCACCGUAUCUCCAUACACGGGGGAAACCAGCUUAUGGUUCGUCUCAUCCGGACGAGAUACUGGAUUCCGAAGCUGCGGAACCUGAUCAAACGUGUGACCACGACCUGCAAGGUGUGUGUCAUUCACCGGAAGAAGGUGCAGUCCCAGCUAAUGGGUAAACUACCUCAGUCCAGAGCGACCUAUUCGCGACCCUUUACACACACAGGACUCGACUUCGCGGGACCGUUUGAUGUCAAGAGCUAUUCAGGUCGUGCCUGUCGAAUCACGAAGGGCUAUGUCUGCGUCUUCGUGUGCUUCAGUACGAAGGCCAUCCAUUUGGAAGCCACUUCGGACUUGACCACGGAGAAAUUCCUCGGAGCCUUCUCAAGGUUUGCGGCCAGAAGAGAGUGCCCUCUCCAUCUUUACUCGGACAACGGAAAGACUUUUGUGGGCGCGGAGAAGGCCCUCACAGAAGAUUUCAUCGCUGCGGUUAAGGAAAAGGUUACCUCGUCAUUUAGUCACCAGAGCCUAUCCUGGCAUUUCAACCCUCCAGGCGCCCCCCAUAUGGGAGGCCUGUGGGAAGCAGGAGUCAAGAGCUUCAAGACUCACUUCUACAAGACGACAGCGAUGUCAGAAGAUCCGUCGGAUAUCCUCGCUCUCAAUCCAGGACAUUUUCUGAUAGGCGGACCGCUACUUGUCCCCGCCGAACCUCCCACCGCCGGCGAAGCCACUUUUCGCAUCGAGAUGGAUAGCUGA